UCUGCACCGCCUUCAAAGCCCUCCCCUUACUUCAGUAGGUUUGGUGUAUCUAGAUUGUUUUGAGAGAUGAGUUGAAUGCUUUGCUAGCUAACAGUUAGCAUACAAUCUCAAAGUUCUUGCAGAGACGGACAGUCUUCAAAAUGUCGGGGCUAGAGGUCGGGCACGGAAGGGAUUUAAAGACCAGCUGUUAGAUGUGUUGACUGGUAUCUUACCGUAAAGGCAACUGUUAGUACAGGAUGCCAGAGAUGACUGAAACUCAGACACCUGGUCGUAAACCCAAAAAGAAGAAAAACAAAGAAUCUCACAAUGCAGUUGAGAGGCACAGAAAAGAGAAGAUUAAUGCUGGGAUUAACCGCAUUGGUAAUCUCCUGCCGUGUUCCCAGGCACUUAAACAGAGUAAGAACAUGAUCUUGGACCAGGCUUUUCGCUACAUCAAUGAACUGAAGAAACAAAAUGACACAAUGCUUCUGGAAGGAGGAGAUAAAGUCCAAGCCGAGGAGAUUCGUCGGCUGCGGCGUCAGUUGGAAGAGCUGAGGAGGGAGAGUGCUCACUACAUCGAGCUCCUUAAAGCCCACGAUAUUAACCUUCUAGAAGACCCCACUGUUCACUGGAAAGGCAAACAGCGCUGCGCCAAGGUGGCAAAGGUGACCCCCACUCACCAACUCCCAAAGGGUAUCAUCGUCUAUUCCAAUGGCAAUGUGAUGUGCCCAGCAGGGAGUGAGACUAGCCCAGCGAAACAGCCGUCUGAAGCGCUGAUUCUUCAGCCACCAUCUGAUGUCAGUGCUAGGUUAAGGGUUAAUGGAGCCGUGCUGCAUGUUAAUACCUCUUCCUCCACCCCUGCACUCGUCCCUGGGUCAGCUGCUACUCCCACCCAGUCUGCAACAGGCCUAAGAAUGGUAGAGCAGUGUGUGGUGGAAACACCAGCUGCAGCCCCCACUCUGCCACCCUCUGUUUCUUACAUCACCCUACAAAUCCCUGCAGCCACCUCAGCCCUGCCUCAGCAACCGCAGCCUGUUGCUCCAGCCCCGACUCUCACCGUAGCAGCCACUUCAUCCCCACAGCUCCCCAGUGAAAGCCCUGCCCAGCCCGUGUCCAGUCUCACCACAGUUACCCAGGCUACGACCACAUCCAGAGCAGCAGCCUCAGUUGUUUGCUCUUGCGUCACACAGGACACUGCCAUGAGGAAUGUAAGUUACACUGCUAUCCCCAACAGCCAAGCUCUUCUUAGGGCUGGGGCAGCAGGCAGCACACAGACUACCUGGACAACACUGCAAAUGGCAGGAAACACAGUGCAGCCAGUCUGCCAGAGUCUCUCUCCCCCUGAGGUCAUCAACACCACUCAGACUGUUCAGCAGGUGACUGUGUGUCCAGUGGGCACCAAACCUUCCGUUCAGCCCAUUCAGAUACAGAUGCAACCACAUGUGCCUGUACAGCAAGCACCCAUUACAGCCCACAUUCAAGCACAACCCUUUCAGAGACCACCCCAGCUACGGCCAGCAAUCCUGAACCAGGCACAGCCUCAGCCUCAGCCUGUCCUAGCCCCCCAACCUCAGUGUGCUGUUCUCCCCCAGGCAGCAAUAGUACCCCAGCCAGCUGUGGUGGCCCACCCUGCCAUUGUGUCACAGCCCCAGCCUGCUGUACUUCAACCAGCAUCGAUGGUUCCCCACCCUCAAGCAGCCCUCAUUCCACAGCCUCAGCCCGCCCUGGUACCCCAGCAGCAGGCCACCGUGUUGCCCCUCCUUCAGACCAUGCAGGUGCUGCAGGUCAACCCAACUGGAGGGACAGCCUCAGCUGUAACAGCCCCACAGAACACUAACAACCCGAGUGUGGUCAUCCUGCAGCAGGCUAGUACUUGUCCUACUCAAUCAGUUGUAAGGGAGGAAAUGACAAAUCAGACACCUUGUCAGCAUAUUGUAAUCAUCCAGGCACCCAAUCAGGCUGCACCUGCCCCUCAGAAUCCUCAAGUUGGCAUGGUGCCUGCAGCUGUGCCUGCUGCAGUACCUGUUGUGUCCACUCAAAUACCCUCAACCAGCAGUUCUGUGUCUGCCACUGCCUUACAGAGUGUUGGAGGAAAGCAGCUGGUGCACAUUCUCCCACGCCCUGUUCAGCCUCAAAUGAACCAUCCCCUUCAGGUCACCCAAGCCUCUUCUUCCACACCGGUUCCUCCGACCCCACAGACUAUCACUGUGAAUGGCCAGGUGUUUGCCUUGCAGCCUGUGAAGACUUCUGACAAACCCAGCUCCCAGGGUGGCCAGAGCACACUCCAGCUGGUCCAGCCCACCACCACUGAGGAACCAACUACUAAUGUGGCCCUCAAGAGUUUAGGAGCACUCAGCAGUCUCAAUCAGAGCAUCUCUCAGGGCCUUCCACUUACCAUUUCUAGCCAGAACAAUGGUCAGUCUCCAGCUGCUCCAUCAUCAGUAGUCCAGCAGAAGCAGCCUCUUGCUCCAACAUCUGUCCCUGGAACCACACUUGCUCUACCUGCCCGGCAGCUACAAGUCCCUGGUUUGAAUCCAGUCAAAUCAGGACUGGUGGUUAAUGCACCGAAGCCUACGGGAAAGAGACUUCGCACAACUUUGAAUACAAAGAGGACAACAGCUAAAAGGAUUAAACCAACCAAGAAAAAAGAGCUCAGUCAAGCACAGCCUGCUGUUGCUGUUUCAGCCAAGCCAGUGGCUGCUGCAGGAGAAAGUCAGACAGUUCAAGUUACAGUAUCUCAAGAUGUGCAGUCGUCAACUGUAACAGUCACAGACAUUCCCCCUACCUGUACCUCAGCUAUAACAACUCCAGAUUGUAGUAAAGCUAUAGUAAAUGUCACUUCUACACAAAAUGCUCAGAUAAUGAUUGUGUGCAGUUCAUCUAAUGAGUCAACUGCACUUAGUCAGUCCUAUUCACAGAGCAAAAGCCCUGUCAGUGCAACUCAGUCUGAUGUUGUAUUCAGUCAUUCUAAUGCUAGUAGUAGUGUGGCAGCUGCAGUUACAACUGUCAGUGCCACAUCAGUCAAGCCAUUAGUUGGUGUAGCUGUUCCCAUUGAGCAUGAACCAGCUGUAGUUUCUGACAACAACUCAGCUGUAGCCAAACUGUCAGUUCCAGAGGUUAAACAGGCAACCACCAGUUCAACAACUGGCACAACACAGUCAACUGCCACCACUGCUGUUUCUAGACAGAGCAGAACUGGAGUCAGUUCUGCAACUGCCUCAGUUGCAACUGCCACAGUUUCUGCUGCAUGUCUGACUCCAAUCUGCACCAGCAGUAUCACAGCUACUGCACCAUUAUCUUUAAAUUCCCAACCAGCUUCAGUAUGUCAUUCCCAGGUAAUCCCCAGUAAUACUCACAAUCCUCAUUCAUGUAAUAAAUCUACAUCCCAUACCACCACUCCAGCCUUGGUGUCCACAACUGUGGCGCUCUCAUCGCCUGCCGUAACUUUUUCUGCAUCUCACAGCUCUGUCACAAUCCCUACAACAAGUUCAGAGUUGAGGAAGAGGGUCAGUACCAGUAGAGCGCCACAACAGCAGACUGAUGUGAAUAUGCCCAACCGCUCCCCUUGCCAUCCUGCUGAACUCAAACCAACCCAGACCCCUAGAGGAGAUCGAGAGGCUCAGGUAGAGAGACACUCCACAGCAGCAGACAAGGAGGGCUUGUUGCCAGUGACUUCUGAUGCUCCCUCUAGAAAGGAUUUUGCUCUUUCUCAACCGGUGUACACUAAUCUUGACGAUCAAACUGUGGAGCAUCCUAUGACCUCUAGCAGACAGACAGAUUCUCCUAUGUCUGCAGGGCCUGGGGGAGGCAGAGGGUUUUCCGUGGCAUCCAUGCUUCCCCAGGGCCACAGUAUUAGCGCGUCAUCUGGUUCCUUUGGAACAUUUACGUUCACCUCUGAGCAGGCAGAUAUGCUGGCCUUGGCCAUGCUUGAACAGGACAGUCCAGGAAGGCGGAGUGGAAGCUGCUCUGAGGACAACACUGCUUCAGCAAACCCCACCACAGCCACAUGGGACCCGCCCAAAACUCCACCUGUGUCUAACAGUAAAGAAAGGGGCUCAACUGGACAUCAGACAAAAGUGACUAAACCCAUAGAUACAGUAACAGUUAAGUCUGGUGUCCAGGUAUCUAUCAGAGGACAGAAUGGGGAGGUGACUGUCAGUGGGCCCAGUGGAAACAGACAUCCACAAAACAUCUCAUACUCCCAGUCUCAGUCUCAUCCCCAGGUCCAGUCUCAGAUCUCAACCCAGAGCGCCACUGUGGCUAGCCUCAGUGUCAACAACCUUAUCAGGCCCAGCUCCAGUCAGCAACUCUACCCUGGCUCCCCGAGUCUCGCUGGCCAGCAGGGCUCAGUUCCCUCACCUGUUGGGACCUCAGGCCACAUAUCCCAACCCUCAAACAAUUCCCUCUCACCCUGCUCAGGUGCAGGACAGCUGAAUGAGUACACCCCCUUAAAGACUGCAUUAAUGAGAGCUCAGGCUGGAGUUGGUGUGAGUGAGCGACAGGUUAAGAUCAUCUCCAAGCGGCAGGCUCAGGAAGAGGUGAUGCUAAACACUGGAAAACGGCCCAAGCCUUGCCCUCCAUCUGCUAGCGCUGUUAGCCGUAUGGACGUGAAAGCAGCAGACCACAGCCAGAUGAUGACAGGACAGCUGCCCCCCACAUCUGCAGCUGUCAUGACAAGGAUAAAUCCAGAAAGUGCAGGCCCCCUCUUCUCUUCAAAUUCUUUCAUGAGCCCAGGGGCUCGGCCCACAGAUGGCCACUGCCCUCCUCAAGGACCCGCUGAGCAGAACCAGCCAGGUGUGCUUCAUCUGCCACAGGGUCAUCCACAGCAUGCUGCAACUCAGUCUGGCCAGCACCUGGGAGCAAACCUUUACAUGAAACAGCAGCAGCAGCAGCAAGAGCAACAGAGACACCAUCUCUAUCAUUUGCAACACCACCUGACCCAGUCUGACCCCGCACAGCGCCACUCACUACACCAGAGGGCGCUUCAGCAGCAGGAGCAGCAGCAGCAGCAUGCGCAGAAGAAGCGGGGCCUAGUCAGAGGCAGUCAGACUGGUUCACCUGCUGGACUGCAACAGAAGCCGCAUCACCUGGAAAAGUCUGGAGUUCAGCAGCAGCCGCACUCGCAUCAGCAGCAACAACAGACACAGCAUCAACAGCACGCUCAGCAGCAACAGCAGCAAUCACAGCAGCAUCAACAACAGUCACAUCAACAAUCACAGCAGCAUCAACAGCAAACACAACACCAACAGUCUCAUCACCAACAGCAGACACAUCAACAGCAGCCACAGACGCAGCAUCAACAACACCAACAGCAGCAGCAGCAGUUGCAGCAGCAGCAGAGCUCUCACUCCAGACACCAGCAGCAUCUGCAGCAGCAGAUCCAGCAGCAGCAGCAACAACAACAACAGCACUUUAGACACCAGGAGAAGAGCUGUGACGCCCAGGCAGCAGGAUCCAGGGCCCACCACAGCAGCCACCUGGCUCAGCAGGAACACCUCAAGCCUGGUCAGGACCAUAACGCUAUGCAGAGGAUGAUGAGCUCUAGGACUCUGGAGCAGCAGCUCAUCUCUCCUCCCAGCAAUCCUGUGUCGCGUUCAUCUGACAUGGCCUGUGCUCCGUCACGUCAGGAACGUCACCGUGUCUCCAAUUACUCUGCGGAGGCGCUCAUCGGUAAAAGUUCUACCAGUGGUGACCAGCAACAGCGCAUGGGUCUCCACCUUCAGUCAGGCCGCGGCGCCACACAGGAGCAACCAGAUCUCCGCGGUUACCUGGACACGUCACGAGGGAAGCCAAACAUUGCACACAACCAACAGAAUCGCCUGCCCUCCGACCAUCCCGUGUCUGCCGAUGUUCAGCGUGUCUCAGAGUGCCCACCAUUCAAGGCCAUGGGGGGAGGAGGAGGUGGAGGAGGAGGAGCAGCACAUCAACUCGGUGGUUUUGAGGUUCAGGUGUCUCGUGGGAGUGACAUGUCCUCAAAGUCUGUACCACCCUCCCAGAGGGGCCCUCAGGGGCAGCAGCAGGGAGGUUUCAGAAUGGGUGUUGGCCCUCCAGCAGAUGCCAGAAAUCGUGGUGGCUACAGUGCAGCUCAUCCUGGCUCACAGGGAGUGCAGGUUGGACCGGCACUGUCCCGGGAGCAGGACGGUUGUCACCAGAGCUUCAUGCAAAGCCUCCUUUCCCCCCACCUUCCUGAGCAGGGCAACCACCAGCGAGUGCAUUGCUGUCCCCCAGUUAGCAUGGAGUACAGCUGUGUGCCUGGAAGCUCCUCAGGAGACAUACAGGCCAAGACCUCCAGCCCCAGUGUGCCCCAGACACAGAAGACUCCAGUAAUGCGACUUGGAGAAGGCAACAAAGGCCAUAUUUCUCAGGUCAGCAGUAAUAUGCAUGGAGGCCCAGGUGUUCGUGCAGGUCUCCCCCACCCUCCAACCCCACACAGCAGCUCUGAGCCAGGCCGCUCCUCAGCACCCUCCAGACCACCCACUGCUGUUAGCCAACACUCUCGCAAUAUCGCCCGCGACGCUCAGCCUGCCAAGCUGAGACCUGGUGACCGGGCUCGAUCGGGUGCUCUGAGACACAGUAACCCCUUUGAGCCCGAGGGCCACCUGUCUCUGCCCUCGGGAGGAGGGGUGCUGCUGGGCAGACCUCAGUCUGGAGGAGAGGCACGGCGCAGCACCAUCGUUCGCUUUAUGGCGGAUAGUGCUCAGGUUCCUAGUGACAACAACCUGGUUCCUGACCAACACUUAGCACAAAACUUUGGUUUCCCCUUUAUUCCAGAGGGAGGGAUGAAUCCUCCACCUCCCAUCAAUGCUAACUCCACUUUCAUCCCUCCAGUCAGCCAGCCCAACGCCUCCCGCACACCAUCCCUUCUCCCCGUGGAGCCCCAGAACACGUUACCCUCCUUCUACCCUUCUUAUUCUCCAGCUGCUCACCCCAGCCUUUCCAGCGAUGUUACCCUCCAGUACUUUCCCAACCAAAUGUUUACCAGCCCAAGUGCCGACAAGGGCAGCGCUGCUCCACUCAAUAACCGUUUUGGCUCUAUUCUCUCCCCGCCUCGCCCUGUGGGUUUUGGCCAGGCCAGCUUCCCUUUGCUUCCGGAUAUGCCCCCUAUGCCCAUUGCAAACUCCUCUGGAAUCACCCCUCAUAUAUCUAACUUCAGCCUCACCUCGCUGUUUCCUGAGAUCGCCACGGGCAUGCCCACUGAUGGUUCGGCCAUGCCAAUGUCUCCACUGCUGUCCCUCUCCAACACCUCGUCUGCCGACUCUGGCAAGCAGCCCAAUCGUCCUGCCCAUAACAUCAGCCACAUUCUGGGCCACGACGGCAGCUCAGCUGUGUGACAAGUCCUGCUGCAUUUUGAUAAACUGGUGUUAUAAAGCGAAGAGUUUGGUUUUCAGUUCGAGAUGUGGUCUUUUAAAUGGUCAACAAGUUCAAGGAAGAUGUGAUGAAGCACCUGAACGGUUUCUUGGUUGAAAGGACACCACAGCCGUCUGGUGGUGAUUUUUGUUGUUUACAUGUUCACACAGCUUCGGUCUCAUAUUUGUUUGUUCUGGCAUAUGUAUGAUGUCAAAAUUAUUUGUAAUGUUUCAAAAAUCUUUUUGUUUUUGACAGGAAAAUGUGGUCCUUCAUUUGAAAUGCUGGUUAAACCAACCGUUUGGUUGUAAAACAAAAUCAAAUUUAGGUUUAGAACUUGAAUUCAGUGUAUUUUGGGUUGUUACAAGACCUCCUGCACAGUUACCUAUCAAUGUAAUUUACUAACUUAUCAGGUUGUCCUGUACAGAAUCUGUUUUUUUCCUCCCAAGAGCUAUUUUGUAAAUACCAAUGUUUCAUAUCAGAAUUGUUAGAUCAUGUAUGUAUUUGUAAAUACAAAAUUAAUAAAGUUUAUAAGGAAACAUUUGUA